AUGACAACAACCCCUACUCUGGACAACGUACUAGCAAAGCCCGCCGACCUCUGCUGCCUGAAAGGCGCCAUUCACAGCGGAGAGCCGACCGGGUCAAUUACGCAGAUUGAGGGCAUCGACACCUACAUCGCCCGGACUCACCCAGAGAGAUCCAACGGCAAUGUGAUCCUCUUCUUCCCGGACGCGUUCGGUCUCCAUAUCAACAGCUUCCUGAUGAUGGACGCCUUCGCCGAGUGCGGCUAUCUGACGCUCGGCGUUGACUAUUUCCUCGGGGAUUCUGUAACAAAGUACUGCGCGAGACCAUUGAGUGACCCCAAGUUCGAUUUUGAAGGUUGGAAAACUCGACAUCUCAGGGCCUCGGAAGAGGUUGCUGCGAAAUGGGUAAAUGGCGUCAAGGCGCAAUACGGCGCAACCGACGACGUCAAAUUCGCUUGUGUGGGAUAUUGGGGGGUGCUACACGCUGCUCAGCUGGGAGCAAAAGACUAA